ACAAUGUCAUAACCACCUGAAGCGCGCCCGAGGUUGUCGACACUACAUGGGCAGAGUACACGAUCUGGGAAAACUCAAUCUCGAAAUAUUCCGUGCGUGUUAUAACUUUUGAGGUAAAUUAAUCGACAACAUCGAAGUAUCUUCCUUGUAUCCUGAUUCCACUGCUGCGUGGGCAUUUUGAUUUAAUGUUUGUACUUUGGAGUGAACUUUUCUCUGCAGUUAGUUACCCUUGCGCUCACUAGUGCAGUGCCCAUUCAUGCUGGUAGCUCAGAUUUAAUUUAGCUAAUAUGCUGCUACGUUUUUUACGACGGUACUUGCAGCUGUCGAAUGGAAAGAACUAGCAUUGCUGCUACUUAGCUGUCUAGGUUAGGGGAAGCUCCUAUAGCAGAACAAGAUUUUGCAAUCACUGGUACUGCGCAAGAAUCUGUCACACCUACUGUGUAUAUUUGAGUUCAGGUGAGUCAUGGAGCAGGCGAGCUCUACUGCCACAGUUAAUUUUGCUACUGCUCUUUCUAUUUAACCCUUUGAAGACCCAGGGAUUAAAAAACCCAGGAAUUAUAAAGCAUAUUCUAUAUUUCAUUUUAAAUGGUAAGUAUUUCUGUAUUUGCUGGCUAUAGCCUAUUUUUAUGGGUAACAUGUUGGUCAUUGUAGGUCACCCAAAUGAAAUGCAUUAACUAACAUGACUCUUCCUAGAGAAAGUAUCUCCGGGACCCCUAAAAUGAGCAGACACCAAAAUGGGGAGGAGUACAGGAACCCAACAGAGGUGAAGAAGAGCCAGAUAGUGAUGCCCUGCCAUGCCAACCACCGCCAGGAGCUCAGUGUGGGAGAGCUGCUCAAAUGGAUGGACUCUACAGCCUGUCUGUCAGCUGAAAGGCAUGCCGGGUGUCCCUGUGUCACUGCCUCGGUCGACGACAUCCACUUUGAACACACUAUUGGGGUUGGACAGGUGGUCAACAUCAAGGCCAAAGUCAAUCGAGCUUUCAACACCAGCAUGGAGGUUGGCAUCGUGGUGAGCUGUGAAGACCUGUUCAGCGAUAGCCACUGGAGGGUGUGUCAGGCGGUUGCCACGUUUGUCAGCCAGAGCACCACUGGAGGGAAGGUGCAACUGCAUCCGUUGGUCCCCUGUACACAGGCGGAGCAGGUGGAGCACAGUCUAGCAGCUGAGAGGAGGAGGAUGAGGCUCGUCCACGCUGAUAUCGUGAAGGACCUGCUCACCAACAGGGCCUUCCAACAAGUGGAGGUCCAGGAGGCUGAGAAGGCAGUGCCAGCAGAGAGGACACGGGUGGAGAGUGUUGAGUUGGUUCUUCCUACUCAUGCCAACCACCAGGUCAACACGUUCGGAGGACAGAUCAUGGCCUGGAUGGAGAACGUGGCUACCAUCGCUGCAAGUCGUCUGUGUAACGCCCACCCCACCCUGCAGAGCAUAGACAUGUUCCAUUUCAGGGGUCCCUCACACGUGGGUGACCGGCUGGUCCUCAAAGCCAUCGUCAACAAUGCAUUCAAGAACAGCAUGGAGGUGGGCGUGUGUGCGGAGGCUUAUCAGGGGGAGGGGCCUCUGAGACACAUCAACAGCGCCUUCAUGACCUUCGAAAUCCGCGACCGGGAAGGCAAGCCGUGCACGUUGCCAAGGAUACGACCCGAACCGCUGGAGGGAAGGAGACGUUACCAGGAGGCCAUCGCUAGAAACAAGAUCCGACUCGACAGGAAGUACAUAAUAUCCUGCAAGCAGACAGAGGUGCCCUUAUCUGUACCGUGGGACCUCAGCAACCAGGUGUACCUCAGCUACAACAACGUGUCUGCUCUGAAGAUGCUGGCCGCUAGAAACAACUGGUUGUUAAACUCUGAGAAAAACAAGGUGAGCCUGUACACCCUGGAGCAGAAGCAGGUGUUGAGUUUUAAGGUCGAGACGGAGGUAGACAUCCCAGCUGAGAGGGCCUUUAUGCUGCUCUCUGACUUCAGCAAGAGAGUGGAGUGGGACUCAAACUACAAGAGGUGUGAGCUGAUUCUUAGGGUGGACGAUGAUGACUUUCUGUACCGCGUGGUGACUCCUUCCAUAGGCCAGGAUGGGGCCAGUAACAGCCCUUCAGCCGAUCAGGGAGGGAAGGUCCAGGACUUCAUCCUCCUGGCCUCCAGGAGACCACCGUGUGACAGCGGGGACCCUUAUGUUAUUGCUCUGCGUUCGGUCACUCUACCCACACACCCUCCUACAGAGGGCUACAACAGGGGAGAGGUGCUGUGUGCCGGCUUCAGCAUCCUGGAGGUCUCCAAAAAUAUCUCCAAGAUCUCCUACUUCAACCAGGCGUCUCCCGAGGUCCUGCCCUACAUCUCCACAGACAUCGCCGGGCUCUCCUCCAGCUUCUACGGCAUCUUCUGCGCCUGUAACACCUUCCUCCAGGAGAACAGGGAUGACCAUGCCUCCACCCCCCAGUCCCAACCACCCUCCUCUACACUAAAAAGUGCACAACUGUAAGCUCUUAUCCUUCACCACCCUGACCCCCUCACCCUGGAUGACUAUUGUACUGAUCGACUGAACACACUGCCAUUACAUGCUCUGAUUAUCUUCAACUGUUUAUUUUAUUAGAAUGGUUUAUGAAAGGAGCCUAAUUCCCAGAUUUGUUUGUGCAGUCUUGCCAACUCCUAUGGUCAUUGACAAUGACCAUGAUUGUAGGAGUUAGCAAAACAGAUCUGGGACCAGGCUAUAAUGAAAGGAUUUUUAGAGCAUCUACAGUGAAAUGGGGUUUGAACAGGACUCAAUCCAGCACCUGGAAAGUUUUUGUGGCUGUGAGUAAUUAUGAUUGCCCCUUAAAGCACUUAAGGUCUCCUUAUACUCCCCACCUGUGUUCAUUAGAUUGACACCCAACCCCCUGUGACCUGGCUCAACGCUGCCGAGAGCACUCUGGCCUCUUCACACACUAAGCUGAUCCAUGUUGACAACAAGGAUUAUUAGUGUGGAAAACUAUAUGUUUUUCUUUUUGAACAAUGUUCCAAUCAUAACUUGUGAAAAAUAUGAGACAAUGUUUGAAAUCAUUUUAAAAGUAUUUGAACUUUUCCAGAGAAAGAAUACUAACGAGAUGUCGUUUUUUUUUACUGAGACGGGCUCUUUUAUUUGAUAAUAGGGUCAGAAUUGCAUUUGAUAUGUCGGAUAUGUUUUAUUAACUAGUUUAUGGCGAGGCUAUUAAAUGUUUCACUUUACACAAACAAUAUUGUAUCUUAGAUAAGAUAUUGUUAUCUUAAACUAAGGCGAUUAAAAAAAGGGGGAUAUAUUGAAAAUUGAAUAGAAAAUACAAAAGAGUAGACUAUUGCUAAUAAUUGUACAAUCAAUAUUUUACGAUGAAAUUGAAGACAUAUGAUUUUCUUUUUUUAUAACUGUAAAUCCAAAAAAACAAAUAAAUGUAGCAAACUGCCGUU